AUGGCUAGCUACGACUACAUCAUCGUCGGUGGAGGACUUGCAGGCUUAGUCCUGGCCGCACGCCUGACUGAAGAUUCCUCGAAGCGGGUCCUUGUCCUGGAGGCGGGCGAGGAUCUGACGGCAGAUGCCCGUACGUCGGUUCCGGCUAUGUGGCCGACGCUGCUGAAUACUGACGCAGACUGGCAAUUCAAGACAGUCCCUCAGCCUGGCUUCAACAACCGUCAAAUCUCCUUCCCCCAGGGCAAGCUCCUCGGUGGAUCGAGCGGCCUCAACGGCCUCUCCUUCACGCCCUCGUCCAAGGCCAAUGUGGACGCUUGGGCCAAGCUUGGGAACCCCGGCUGGGACUGGGCAAGCUUCUCCAAAUCGCUGGCCAAAUCCUACACUUUGACCACCGCCGCAGGGACCACCGCCGGCGAUGGCCCGCUUCAGCUCAGCUUCCCCAAGGAUACCGACAACAGCUGGCCCAAGAUCUGGCAGCAAACGCUGGGAGGCCUGGGGUUCCGACAGUCUGGAGAAUCCUACGCCCAGCAAUCCACGGGCCCGGUAACCGUCGCGGACAGCAUCCAUCCUGCAUCUAAGACACGGAGCUAUGCUGGAAACGCCUAUCUCGAGCCUGCUCGCAGUCGAGAGAACCUCACCAUUGUGACUGGCGCUCCAGUGAGCAAGAUUGUCUUUGCCAAAGACGGCAGUGCAGUCACCGCCGAGGGCGUCCAGUAUGUCAAGGACGGCGAGACUCAAACCGCGACGGGCAAGGAGAUCAUCCUCACCGCCGGCGCCAUCAACAGCCCCCGGAUCCUUGAGCACUCUGGAGUUGGCGAUGCGAAGCUCUUGUCCAAGCUGGGUGUCGACGUCAUCAUUGACAAUCCCAAUGUCGGUGAGAACUUGCAGAACCACCCCAUGGCCGGCUUGAGCUUCGAGGCUGUUGAGGACGCAAAGACAAUAGACGGUCUUGCGCGCCAGGAUCCAGCUGCUCUUCAAGCUGCCAUGGCCGCUUAUGCACAGCAAUUGGGCAUCCAGACCGCCGAGGGCAAGGCUGAGGUUGAAGCACUUAUUGAGAAGCACAUCACCGGCGCAAACAACGGUGGCAAUGCCGCCUUUGCCGAGGCUCAGGCUGAGUUUGUCCGCUCCAUUCUCACCUCUCCUGAAGAAGCAUCUGGCUAUUACAUUUCGUUUUCGGGCUUCGCCUCGUUUAACCCUGACGGAACAAUGGCAGCACCGCCCCCGGGGACUGAGAAGUACUUCUCCGUUGCUCUGUUGCUUACGCAUCCCCUCUCCAGAGGGUCUGUCCACAUCAACUCUGCCUCUCAGUCAUCGACAGACCUCACCAUUGACCCUCAGUACUUCUCACACCCUCUGGAUCUCGAGAUCCUCGCCCGUCAUCUUCGCUUCGUCGAGUCCCUUGCCAGUGCCGAGCCUCUGGCCAGCCACCUCAAGGCCGGCGGCAAACGCAACCCUGCCGCCCAAUCAGCCGGCACCUUUUCCGCGGACUCUGGCCUCGAAAAGGCAAAAGAGUACCUGCGUCAGACCACAGUGGGCGCCCACCACUUCACCGGCACUUGCUCCAUGAUGCCCAAGGACUUGGGGGGUGUCGUGGAUGCUCAACUCCGGCUUUACGGAUGCCCUAACCUGAGAGUGGCAGAUGCGAGCAUCAUUCCGCUGACGCCUCGGGCAAAUCCCCAAGCGACUGUGUACGGUGUGGCCGAGCAUGCGGCAUCCAUUAUCAAGGGUGGACUUUAG